AGUUGGUUCGCAAAAAGAAGCGCAGUCUACAAUUCCACGUCAAGUGGAAUAUCCCAACAUUAUUAUUUCCAGAGCCUCGUAGAGAUGCAACGCGUCAGUCUAUGAUACGAUCAACCUGAAAGAAAAGGAGAAGAGUUCCUCCCCGUCCCCAAGGCGUCGCCGCCUCCUCGUCACCCUCCUUCACCAUGCCGCGAAAACGCACCCACGACGAGAUGGAGGCCUCCACCCCUGAAGGAAAGAAGCCAGAGCCUUCACUACUUCAGAGGAUACGGAAUAUGUGGGAAUUCGCCUCUACAAUGCAGUUCAUUUUCAUUUUUGGCCGAGCAGUCAAAAUUGAUGAGGACUUUGACAUCGAGGAUUUUGAAAAUGAGUGUUUGAAGCCCGGCUACUCCGAGAAACUUGAGGAGAUAGGGUUGACCCUCCUCAAAUGGAUUUCAUCCCAUCGUGGUCUUGAGUCAGUACUCCUACCUUCGCCCGCACCAGAUGGCGGCUGACCCGAUAUAGUUACAACAUCUGGGACGAAUAUACUCGGCGCCAAUACCUUGCCAAAGCUCCGCACCUCAACCCUUACGGCGAAGGGGAGACGCCGAAUCGAUUCCGAGACUUUGACAUCUUCACCAAGAUCCGAGUACUGCACCAGUUGACUGUAUGGACUUUUUGGAAUCCCGAUCGCUUAAGAGAGAGGAUGCCCGACCACCCACGUGAGGUGGAUCAAUUGGAAUGGCGAAUUGAGGAGUUUGGAUACGAUCGUGAAGACAGGAAUUACUACCUACUUGAUGACAAUCGCCUCUACCGCCGUACAGAGCCUCCCCCGCCACCCGCCCCAAAAGCCAAAGCUAAAGCCAACUCAAAGAAAGCAAUUGCUGCCAAGCGAAGAGAGAGCAAGCGCAGAAGGCUGACUGUUGAGGCUGAAGCCUCAGAAGACAAUCAGGAAGAGAUUGAUGAGACUCAAGCCGUUGAAGAAAAGAAUCUCGAACCCUGGGAAGUUGACACGUUUGGUGGAUUCAAGUGGGAGUGCCUUGCCAUCAGUCUUUCCGACUACCAUGAGUUAUGCGAAUCAUUGAAGAAGUCAAAGGACCCCAAUGAGAAAGCUCUACGAGAGCGCCUGAUAUCGGAAGUCAUUCCGAUCAUCGAGGCUGCCGAGGAGAAACAGCGACGAAAGAUCGAGAGACGACAACGCGAAUUGCUACUGAUGGAAAAGAUGGUUGGGGCCAAGCGAUCAAGUCGAUUGGCGGACAAGCAGGACCGAGAAAAGCGCGAAGCAGAAGAAGCCGAAGCAGAACGGAAGAGACAGGCUGACUUACUGGCUGCUCACCAGGAGCAGGAGAGACAGGAGAAGAUGGAACAAGAACGACAAUACCGGUUGAUGACCCGAGAGCAGCGUAUCAAAGAUCGAGAGUACAAACGACUUCUCAAGGAAGAAGAGCUUGCGAGAGAUGCCCUUGAACAGAAGAAGAUCGAAGAAGGCGAAAUCAGAGGCUCCGAUCGCAACCUCAAACAACGAAUGGAAAAGAACAAGAAGGAGCUGGAGGAUCUAGACAACGAGGAAGACUGGACCUUUGAUUGUUCUGGCUGCGGGAUCCAUGGCAAGAACCUGGACGAUGGCUCUCACAGUGUAGCUUGUGAGAGGUGCAGCGUCUGGCAGCAUAGUAAAUGCUUGGGCAUCUCCAAGUCUGCAGCUGAGAAGGAGGAUUUCCAUUUCGUCUGCCGAGACUGUAGACGAAAAGAAGAAGAUGCGAAGAAGCCAAAGAUUUCGCUCAAGUUCCGCGUUGGUACAUCUUCGUCGCCGGCGCCGCCGAGUCCACUACUUCCAAUCGAGCAACCGCCUCAAAAGUCAACAGUUAUCAGUGUGGAAGUCCCUGGGCAGAAGGUGGCUCGACCUCCUAUUCAAGGUCCAAUGAUGAAUGGCUACGCUGCACAGGGAUCCUCACCGCCCACUCAGCCGUCAAGCUCUCCCUAUCGUUCUCAGCCUGCCCUUAACAAUGGCUUCUAUCAGUACGACCAUCCAGAAGCAGCUGCUGGCGCUCCUCAGUAUGGCUUUGCUGGUCAACAGUAUCGGCCAUCCUCAGCAGGGGGUCAUCAACAAUCAGUCCUUCAGCAAUACUCUCCUCAACGCAUAUCCGCCGGAUACCCACCACAGCAAACGCCGCCUAUGAUCAACGAUGGUGCGGUUAGAAGUCCGCCUCCACAAGACGGUCAGCGUCCCGCUUACUAUAACGGCGUCCCUCAUCAACACCAGAACUAUCCUCAUGGUCAAAGACCACUAGCGCCUGCACAAAACACACCACGCCAACUAACACAGUCUCCAGCCAAUGGUCAUGCAGCUAACAAUACUGGCCGUCUUCCAUCACCUGUGUUUAAUCGUCCAAUGAUGUCUCCCACCCAAGGGAAUAUGGACGUCGGUCCUGUAGCAGGAAUUUCACAACAGUCGCCGCCCAUGGGUCACGCGACCAUCAAUGGUGCCUCUGCCAACGGAUACACAGACCAAGCUCAAAACGGGUUACCGACCCAGCUACAAGCAACACCUCGCCAGCGCCCUCAGCCUCAAACUGCACAGACCCCUACUACACAACCUCUCUCCGGAUUGUCGCCUAGAAAGCAACAAACCCCUCAACCACUUCCGCCACCUUCGAUGAUCCCACAAAAACCCAACAACGUAUCGCCGUCACUGAUGCCUCUACAGCCAAAUGUCACGCCGGGCGGUGGUCCGGCCGAGAAGAGAACUAUCAGCGGGACCCCUGUCUUUCCGCCCGUGGAGAAUUUGAGACCAAGUCCUCAGCAGUUGAGAAAUAUGAGCAGCACCGAACCGGUGCCCACGCCUAGUAAGCAGCCUCAGCCUUCUCCACAGCCGGUCGUUGGUAUUGAAAACGGUGUUUCUGGCGAGGCAAGUAGCUCACCGAGUACGAAUGUCGGAGAGAGCAAGCCGCAAGCCAACCAGCAUGUUCCGGCUGAGGUUCAGACUGCAUAAAGGAGACUAGAGGAGUGAAUUGACAUGAUUUUUGACGGGUUUCAUGAUUGACGGGGUUGCAUGAUAUCGCUGCAUUGAUGAUUGUUAACAACCUGCAUUGUUUGGUACGGCGCCUACAGUGAAUUGGGCCGAGUCAGGCGGACUUUGGUCGAGCAUCGCUUGGCCGACUUGGUUGGCUGCCCUUUGUACGUAGAAGAUACUUGGAAGGACGCUCGUGCGAGUCACAUCGAAACGGCAUUCUUGAACGACGUCCUUACUCGUCUGUCUAUCUUUCUAGCUGGCGCUCUGAGUCCUCUAUGUGUUUGUGUUGACCGUCUAUCUUCUUGAGACCAUAGGUCUGUGCUUUAAAUCCACCAUUAUCAUAAGAUGUUCUUUUCAAG